ACAUCCGUGGUGGUGUUUUUCUGGGAGACUUUCUUAAAGGCCCAGUCUGAGGCUCACUACGCCAUUCUUUUCAAAGAUUUUGCAGGUUCCUAGUUUCCUGUAUUCAAUCUCUCCCUAUUUAAAUUAACUAGAGUGAUUUCUGUUGCCUGACUGGUGCAGUACUGUUUAGGAAUACAUGUAUGUGUUUGUAAAAUGUAGCGAAGUGAAGAGAAAGGUCACACUGACCGAACUGGAUUUUAUAAAUCCCCCUUAAAAAAAAAAAAGAAACUUAGAAUAUAAGACUCCACUUUAGAUGGAAAUCAUCUUUGGUGAAGAGGAAAUUAUGGAGCUGUCUUAUGGACCUUUGUUUAUUCCUGGGCUGUAAACUAUAGCACCUGGGAAAUGAAGACACCCAGCUGUGCCCUGCACCUGCCUUUCCAUUCUGGGGGGACUUUGGCCAGCUGACCAGGACCUCCAAGCCAGGCUGGUACUCUGUUCUUUGAAUGGCUUGUCUUCUGUGGUCACAGGGGUGAUGGGAAGCGCAAAUGAGGUCAAAGGUGUAAAGCACUUGUGUCAAAGAUGCAUCAUCCUAAGAACCCUUUCCUGGGCUCACUCAGGCUUGGCAGUCAGAGGGAACCACGUGGAAUCCCCAGGGAGCUCCGCAGUGCCAGCUCCCCAGGCCCUGCUGGGGAAGCGGCCCGAGGUUCAACCCACAGCCGAGGCCCGGCCUGCCCUCCUUCUGAUGUCCAGCGGCAGCCGGACCCCUCCUCUGAAGCCAUGGGCCCCUCCCGCUCUGCACUCCCGUCCACGACAAAGCUCGGGCUGUGGUGGCUUCUUCUGAUCCCGGCAGCAUCCGUGCAGCAGGCCCCCCCCACCCAAGCCGAGGACCGCCUCUUCCAACACCUCUUUAGGGGCUACAACCGCUGGGCAAGGCCGGUUCCCAACACCUCGGACGUGGUGAUCGUGCACUUCGGGCUGUCCAUCGCCCAGCUCAUCGAUGUGGAUGAGAAGAACCAAAUGAUGACCACCAACGUCUGGCUAAAGCAGGAGUGGAACGACUACAAGCUGCGCUGGAACCCGGCCGAUUUCGGCAACAUCACAUCCCUCCGGGUCCCUUCGGAAAUGAUCUGGAUCCCCGACAUCGUCCUCUACAACAAUGCAGAUGGGGAGUUCGUGGUGACCCACAUGACCAAGGCCCACCUCUUCUCCUCGGGCACCGUGCACUGGGUACCGCCCGCCAUCUACAAGAGCUCCUGCAGCAUUGACGUCACCUUCUUCCCCUUCGACCAGCAGAACUGCAAGAUGAAGUUCGGCUCCUGGUCGUACGACAAGGCCAAGAUCGACCUGGUGCCGAUGCAGCAGACGGUAGACCUCAAGGACUACUGGGAGAGCGGCGAGUGGGCCAUCGUCAACGCCACGGGCACCUACAACACCAAGAAGUAUGACUGCUGCGCCGAGAUCUACCCCGACGUCACCUACUACUUCGUCAUCCGGCGCCUGCCGCUCUUCUACACCAUCAACCUCAUCACCCCCUGCCUGCUCAUCUCCUGCCUCACGGUGCUCGUCUUCCACCUGCCCUCCGAGUGCGGCGAGAAGAUCACGCUCUGCAUCUCCGUGCUGCUCUCGCUCACCGUCUUCAUGCUGCUCAUCACCGAGAUCAUCCCGUCCACCUCGCUGGUCAUCCCGCUCAUCAGCGAGUACCUGCUCUUCACCAUGAUCUUCGUCACCCUGUCCAUCGUCAUCACCGUCUUCGUCCUCAACGUGCACCACCGCUCCGCCAGCACCCACAACAUGCCCCACUGGGUGCGGGUGGCCUUUCUGGGCUGCAUGUCCCGGUGGCUUCUGAUAAGCCGGCCCCUGCCACCCUUGGAGCUCCGCGACCCCCCAGAUCUGAAGCUCUGCCCCUCCUACCGCUGGCUGGAGACCAACGUGGAUGCGGAGGGGACGGACGAGGAGAAGGAAGGCAGAUGGGCGCACGCGGGUCACUCGUCCCCCUUCACAGGCGUCCCUUACAGCCAUGGGGGUCUGCGCCCAGGGGCCUCGGGUCCCAAGGCGGAGACCCAGUUGCCGGAGGGUGGGCCCCUGCUGUCACCUCGCAUACAGAAAGCACUGGAGGGCGUGUGCUAUAUUGCUGACCACCUGCGGGCGGAGGAUGCAGACUCCUCGGUGAAGGAAGACUGGAGGUAUGUGGCCAUGGUCAUCGAUAGGAUAUUCCUCUGGUUGUUUAUCCUUGUUUGCUUCCUGGGGACCGUCGGACUCUUUCUCCCUCCGUUCCUAGCUGGAAUGAUCUGAUGCCACAUCGCCUGCUUUGGCCCAGAUGUGGCAUAGCUGACCGUCUUUAACGGCUGCCGCCUCUGGAGUAUGCCUUCGGAGUCAACGCCAUCCAACUACAGGUGCCUUUCCAUGGCGUCCGGACACGGAAGCCUUCUUGGGAUGAUUCACUUGACAGUAUUGUACUUUGUGCUGAGAAUCUGCUGGGCACGGAGCCCUGUUUGGAUGCUGAAGAGCUGGGCCAAAAGGAACUUGCUCUGCAGAAGGUUACGACGUGGUGAUGACAACGUGAAGACGUAUAAGAUGCUCCUGGGAUGCAGACUCUGAGGGAUGCGGGUGGGGGGAACCCAGGGGUUGGGGAAGGGCCAUGAGAGGAGGCUCAGACCUCAAAGGAGGGGUGCGUAGGGAGAGAGCGCCUCGGGGGCAUGGAAGGGCUAUGAACAGCAUUUGGGAUUCAGGAACAGCCCGAAAAGGCAGGGGGGACAGCCAGGCUGAGGUGGGCUUGAGGAUGGGGAACAGAGGGAGGAGGUUGGAAGGGGAAGAGAAGGAGGAGGGCCACAAGUGGGGCGGAUGCAGGUAGCUGGGCCGUCCCACCCACCUGGAAGCUCUUGUGACAGCCCAGACUUCCCCCACCUUUAGCCCCGGCCUUGCUGGUGCAGACCCGCUUAGCACCAGCUGGCCCUCCGAGAGGUGUGGCCGCACUGAGAGUCCCCGUCUGCAGGGGCGCUAUCUGUCCUUCAAUGCGCAUGGACAAACCAGAAGGACACCCCCAGCCAUUCCUGACCCAACUCAGGCCCGCGGUGCGCUCCCUCCCCCCGCCCACAGGAUGAGUGGUGGUCAAGCCCCAGGCAUCCAGGACUUUUGCUCGGAGGAGCUGAGAGGAACGAGCUGGAUGGCUUUGCACCCCGAGACGUUGCAGGACCCCUUCCCUUCCCAGCCUGCCCGCCCUUCUUACCCGAAGCCCCGCGAUGUCUUCUGACCGGCUCUGUGCAGCCUGUCUUGCCCCCUGGAAUCCCGCAGUCCCUCGCCCCAGCGCCGUCCAGCCCGAGGGCAGAACCUCGGCCCUAACAGAUGCGGCACUGGGUCCUCGGGACAGGGUGGGGACUCUGGACGAGCAGCCAAGCGGGGCAAGCACCUAGUUCUCUUUGACCUUCUGAGUCCCCUCCUUCUAAGCUCCACUUGCUCUCCCUGACAGACCCCAGGGGACUCUGCCACAGCGGGCCCAGUCCUCCCGCCUCAGUUCUCUGCAAGACCCCCUACUCAGAGGCCAUUCUGGUUCCUUCUGCUCUGCAGACGCAGCUGCAACCUCCUCCGUCCUCCCUGCUGGCUCUCCUGGAGCAGUGGUGCUCCCAGACUUGACCUCCUGGUGCAGCGAUGUUCCCUCUUGUUAUUCCGUUUCCCACCCAACUGGCAAGUGAGUCGAGAUCAAAUAAAGCUGAAGGCUGCUCAGUCAGCUGUGGGACCCCUCCCCAGCACCCCUGGGACCACCGCACCCCCUCAGAGCCCUGGCUAUUUGAUGGCUGCUGGGAGAGUGCCACUGGCAUCCCUGUGUGGCCCUGGAGGGGCUGCCUGGGACCCCACUGCAAAGUCGCCCCUGGCUCAGGUGCGGGGGGGGGGGGGGGCGGGCAAAGGCCUGGGGCAAGCGCCUGACCCCUCCGCCCUGGGCCCUGGCAUCACCGCAAGCCCCAGGGGCUU